AAACACUUUCGUUACCAAUUUUCCUUACAAUCCGCCAUGAAAACCGAACCUGAAGCUUUCAUCUUCAACCCUAAACACAACUCACAACAAGUUCUCCAAAUCCUCAAAGCUCUCAAACAAGCUUCACACCAACUCUACCAAAACCCCAACACAACAUUUUCCAACUCACCCGCCAUUAAAGCUCUUCUGGAGCUCGAACACGAAUCAGACUCCAUCCUCUCCAACGAUCCUCACCUAACGCCGUUAUCCACUCACCUAACCGCUCUCAAAACACUCAUAAACUCGCCGGUUCAACGCCACAAUGGACUCAAAUCGUUCAUCACCCGCCGAGUCAACUCACACGAGAUUUCAAAACUCGCAGGUUCAAUCGAGUCGGAGAUUGACCGGUGGAUCGGUCGAGAGCUUGUUGAAACCCUAACGCAAACGCUCCGUAGAGGUUACGAACUUAAAGAGGAGGUGUUGAUCGAUUUAAUCGAACAAUUCGAAGAACGAAUUGCUCGAGGUUUUGAUCGAGAUCUACAGGAUUCGAUCCUUAGAUCGAAGGUGUUCAACGAACUUGAAUCGAUUUUGUGCGAUUCAAUAAGUAAUGGUAAGUACUCGAACCACUCGAAGAAUGUUCGAGAAGCUGCAGCGUUUGCGAUAACCGAACUGAUUAGAUUCAACAAGGAUGUGUUCGUAGGUCAAGUUCUAAUCGGAGAAACCGAAAUUAUUCAUGCGUUAAUUGAAUUAUCGUCGGUUAGAUCGUUACAAGCCCUAGGUAUGCUAAUUAGGUUAAUUAAAAGUCCUAUAGUUGAUGAGAUAGAAUCGAACGGUGAAAUCGUGAAUAUAAUAGACUUACUGACGUGUGACGAGAUGUCGGUUGGAGCAAUGGCGAUGGAGUGCGUGAUGGAGAUCGGUUAUUUUGGUAGGAAAGAGGCGGUUGAGGCGAUGUUGAAGGCGGAUUUGGUAAAGAAGCUUGUGGAAUUGCAGCGAAAUGAGAUGCGAGGUGUCGUGACGGAUGUUAAAGGACCGUGUCCUGUGAGGACGAGCGAGAACAAUAAUAAUAUUGAGAGGCGUCCGUUUUCGAGCUGUGUGGCGAGAUUUGCGGUGCAGUUGGAGGUGGGUGAAGGGUUGAGGCAACGGGAGAAACGCGCGUUGAAGCAGGAAGUGUUGAAGAGAGUUAGAGAUGCUUGUGUUUGUGAAGCGGAAGCUGCUACUAUUAUUGCAGAGGUUUUGUGGGGUGCUUCACCUUGAUUUUGAUGAAAUGGUCUGGGUGUUUUGUACAGUGUUGUUGGCAUAUUCUUUAGAAAUCAAGAUUCAUAUGUACAGAAGAUUAGAUUUUGUUCAUUCGGGUUCAACCCAUGGUUUUUUAGUUAUUUGUUCGUGUUUUGAAUUUUGAUCA